AUGAGAGCCCCGUCGAGGGCUCAUGAUCUCCCAGAACACCUAAAAUUCCGCACAAAGCUCCGUCUCGCCGCUAUCCUAGUCGCAAUCUAUCUCGUUCUCUUCGUCGCAGCAUUCGAUCAAACUAUCAUUGCAACAUCCAUCCCAACGAUAUCCGCCUCUCUGCACUCCGCCUCGGGCUACACAUGGAUCGGUGGUGCGUACUUGCUGGCCAACACCGCGGCCGGUCCACUCUGGGCGAAAUGCAGCGAUAUUUGGGGUCGCAAGCUUGCCCUCCUAUCAGGAGUUGCCAUCUUCGCCGCAGCUAGUAUAAUCGCAGCGAUGAGUACAAGCAUGGCGAUGCUCAUCACUGCGCGAGCGCUACAGGGCACGGCAGCCGGUGGCCCUAGGCCAGAUGGUGACGAUUACAAUCUCGGACGUCUUCAGUAUGCGCAACCGAGCAUUGUUUCUCGGCUUACUCGGCGUGAUGUGGGCAGUCGCAGGGUCGACUGGACCACUAAUUGGGGGUGCAUUCACACACUAAGCGAUGGAGUUAAAGCUGUGGACUGGUUUGGCACGUUCUCCAUUUUCGGUGUUACCCUUCUCCUUCUCGGAUUAGACUUCGGCGGCGCAAUAUUCCCCUGGAACAGUCCGAAGGUUAUCUGCUUGAUUGUGGUUGGAACACUCAUGAUCGCGUUCUUCCUCUUCAGUGAAAAACGUCUAGCCAAGUAUCCCCUGAUGCUACUCGGCUUGUUCAAGAACUGGUCCAAUAACGCGGCCUUUUUGGCUGCAUCGGCGCACAGCAUGGUCUCCAUGGGCGUGAAGUAUUACCUCCCGCUGUACUUCCAAAAAGCGACCAUGGAUAUCAUAGUUGGUAUUCUGAUCCGGCAGACAGGUCGAUACAAGGGAGAUCAUCUGGGCUGGACCAGUAUUAUCGGGUUCCAAAUCGCCAGCGGCAUCGGCAUUGCAUUUUUAUUCCAGUUACCCAUGAUCGCGGUUCAAAACACCGUCAGCCAGGCCGACACGGCAACAGCAACGGCGACAUUGGGUGUCAGCGAACCUGUCCGCCAGGCCUUAUCCGGUAGGCAAGCAGCGGCACGUGUGGACAUCGGCAAGACCAUACAGGACCCAGUGCAGCGUCAUGCAGUGCAGGACGCUUUUGUAUGGAGUAUCAGGAAUAUGCUUAUUAUGUAUACCUGCAUCGCGGGGAUUGCGAUGAUAGCGAGCGCUUUUAUGAAGCAACUGAAGCUGAGGACCGAAUACACAGAGACGAAAACGGGAGCCCAGCAGUUGACGAAGUAG